CGCUUCCGGCCGUCAAGUUGGUACGAGCGGGGGUGUGUGUAUGUGAGCGAGCGAAAGGGAGAGAGAGAGAGAGAGAGAGUCCAGCGAGGAAGAGGGGACGUUUUUAUAAUUGUUCUCGCUCUAAAAUAAUCGAAAAAUAACCAGAAGGAGGAGGCGGCGAACAGUUGGAGCGAGAAGGGAGGAGGAAACAAAAAAAAAUUCUGACGGACAGGAGGAUUAUGUGGAAAAAAAAUAACCCGUAACCGGGUCUUCGUUUUUCUUCCGCCUCCUUUUCUUUUUUCCCUCUUUCCCUUCAUGUCGGCGUUUCUCUGAGGAGAAAGUCAUUCCUUCCUCUUGCCCCCCCUCCCUUCCUCCCCACCAACCCCCCCCCUCCCAGCCAGCCCCCCUCUGCAAAAUACCUCAGGCUUCAUGACUCUCGACUCUAUCAUGGCGUGCUGCCUUAGCGAAGAGGCGAAAGAAUCCAAGAGAAUCAACGCCGAGAUAGAGAGGCAGCUGCGGCGGGACAAGCGGGAUGCGCGAAGGGAGCUGAAGCUGCUGCUUCUGGGUACAGGAGAAAGUGGCAAGAGCACAUUUAUCAAACAAAUGCGGAUCAUUCAUGGAAGUGGAUAUUCAGAUGAAGAUAAACGGGGUUUUACUAAGUUGGUCUACCAAAAUAUAUUCACUGCCAUGCAGUCGAUGAUCAGAGCCAUGGAAACGCUUAAAAUCCAGUACAAGUAUGAGCAAAACAAGGCCAAUGCACAAUUGAUUCGAGAGGUUGACGUAGAAAAAGUAGCAUCCUUCAGUAGUCCAUAUGUAAGUGCAAUAAAGACUCUGUGGAAUGAUCCAGGAAUACAAGAGUGCUAUGACCGAAGGCGAGAAUAUCAAUUGUCAGACUCUGCUAAAUAUUACCUUAGUGAUUUGGAUCGUAUAUCAGAUUCUGCCUAUCUCCCAACCCAACAGGAUGUUCUUAGAGUUCGAAUCCCAACAACAGGGAUCAUUGAAUACCCCUUUGAUUUGCAAAGCAUCAUAUUCAGAAUGGUGGACGUUGGAGGUCAGAGGUCAGAAAGAAGGAAAUGGAUACAUUGCUUUGAAAAUGUGACAUCGAUCAUGUUUUUAGUGGCACUUAGUGAAUAUGAUCAGGUUCUAGUAGAAUCUGAUAAUGAGAAUCGAAUGGAGGAGAGCAAAGCUCUAUUUAGGACGAUAAUCACGUAUCCCUGGUUUCAAAACUCUUCAGUCAUUCUCUUCCUAAAUAAGAAGGAUCUUCUGGAAGAAAAAAUAAUGUACUCCCAUUUGGUUGACUACUUUCCAGAGUUUGAUGGUCCACAGAGAGAUGCACAAGCUGCCAGAGAAUUCAUUCUGAAGAUGUUUGUUGACCUGAAUCCAGAUAGUGAUAAAAUCAUCUACUCUCACUUCACAUGUGCCACAGACACGGAGAACAUACGUUUCGUCUUUGCCGCCGUCAAAGAUACAAUCCUACAACUGAAUCUGAAGGAGUACAACUUGGUCUGACCUGACCAAAGCAGUAAAGAAAGGAAAUAAGAAAAUUUAAACCAUAAUGAUCACAAUUGUUAUGAUCUGUGAAGUUUGCAAACUGCUAAUUGUCAUCCUGGAUACUUGUCUUUGUGCGUCCACGGAGUUGUAGCUUCUUUUAAAAAAAAAUACGAAAAUGGUUUUAUUCAACAAUGCAGGGUGGGGAGGGACAGGGGACACAACAUUUUUAAUGUGCAUCUUUUUUUGGUGCCAAUCUACAUUUCCAUUUUUUUCAAAUAUCACUUAAUAACUAGCUGUAUAACAGAUAGUUGGCUUGAGCUACAUUCUCUUUAAUGCUUGUUCAAACAAAAAAUAGCAAGUGUUCUUCCACUUGCCAAAUCAAAAUGCAAUGCCACCCCCUCUUCAUGCUCUUUUGGUUAUGCUGGCCUUCUGCUGUCUAAUCACAGAUGUACUCUGUGGUGCAAAGUGGUGAUGUUUCAGAACUCUGUCUAACAGAAACCAGGUCAUCACUUGCUUAAUUGAUGUACUGUUUCUGGUUUAUUUGUUUUUUUUUCCUGAUCAAUGAGAAAGUAUUGAUACUGUGAUUUAUUUUUUUGAUUUUUUAAAAAAUAAAUUAUUGAUGUUAUACAUAUAGUUUGCUACUUGCUGUACUUCAGCCAUGGACUACAAAGAUGGGAGCUCACUAAGCAAUUGCAGCUUGAGCAAAUAUCAUGGGGAAAACUGGGGGUGGUGGGGGAAAAUUUGCUCAAGUACUUAGAAACCUGAGAUGUGGAAAUAAUGAUUACUUGGCAAACAAAUGAAGCCAAAUCUAGUAUAAAGAAAUAAGUGUAUUUAUCUAAUUUAUGGACCAGUAUAUUUAGGCUUGAUUUCAGAUUAGAAUGUUUCUGUAUGAAUUGGUUUACAGAUGCUCACCUGUUGCCAAACUUUGAUUUUUUUUUUACUGCUGUACACUACAGUAGCAGGUUAUGGAGUUUUUUUUAGGAUGACUUGCUAAACUAAAGUAAGUUGACAGUUUAUGCUAAUUUUAGCUGAUGAGGGUUUUUAACCUUGAAAGUUUUUAAUAGAAGGAUAGUUUUAUGCAGUCAGGUACUUUUUACAGAAUCUUUUUUUAAUAGAUAUAUCAGGCCUGUUUGAAAAGAAAACCUCUGUUUUAUAGGAAUGCAGGUGCCAAGAAAGUUGCACUACACAGCUCUUAAUUUGUGAUUUCUCUGUACAAAAGUGAAAGGAUGGCUUUUAUAAAUGCUGCACAGUGCCAUAACUAUAAUGUACCUUACAUUUUGCAAGUUUUGACCUCACCAAACGAAUAUCAAGACUACUUUGUAAUAUUAAUAGUUAUCUGUAGUCCUGAUAUAAAUGCUACAUCUCAGUGGUGAAUUGGUACAGACCAUCCCCGGGUUAUGAGUGCCUGACUUAUAGAAACCCCUGCAUAUGAAUGAGCUCCCAUAAUAUUAAAUUCAAAAGUCCAACGUGCAUACAUACAUUUGUUCCUACGAACAGCGGAAUUAGUUUUUGCUCUCUCACCACUUUUAGUAACUGUUUCUUAUCAGUCUUUUCUGCUUUUGAUGCCAUUCAUUACAGUCCUGCGGAGGUGUGGUUACAAUAUCAAGUGAUUUUUGUGUAUUUUCCGACUUGUGGGCAAAAUCGACUUAAGGACAUCUGUAAACACGGAGCCUGUUCAUUACUCAGGGACAGCCUGUAUAGCAGAAUAUGGCAUGUUCAGAAGUGUGUGUGCUUUUUAAUUCCUUAUGCAGUUGGAAAUGUUUUUCUCCUGCAUUCAAAUCAUUUUGCUGCUCCCUACUCAAUGGUAGUACAGCUGGUAAGUUUAAGUAAGCCUCUGAAUUGUAGUUCUUGCCAUCACCAUAGGAAAUGCCGUCAUUUGCUUUGAGUUUUAGCCAACAAAAGGGCACCAGAUUCAACAUUGUGGUGAUUGAUUUAAUGUACACAGAUCUUCUCGCACUAACGCAACUGGGAUAGAAUAUGAGAGCAGCAAAGGCAUACACAAUACAACAUUUUGCAUUUUAUUGUUUGACUAUAAUCCAACAAAUGCUUUUUCAAGUAUCGCUGACUGUUCAGAAGUAUAGCCGUAGAUAAUAGGUUUUGUUGUAUUUUUUAGUGGAAUGCAGAUUGAUGAUUCAGAGUUAAAUUUGUUAUUAUUUCAAACAUGGCCGAAAGUGUAAUUUGGUAAGCAGUGAUGUAAUGGAAUGAUUCAUGGUGAGAAUGCCAUUGUAACUACACAAUUGUUUGUUCAUAUUAAGUUAAAACAGCACUGGCUAAACAUUUUGAUUAGCAGAAAUGUGUUGAAACUGGUAGCAGCAAAGAUCUGUUUCUGUAACCCCAAGUAUUACAUUUUCUUCCAUUUUUAAAAAAAAGUAAUGUUUGAUCUUAAUAUCAUAAAAUUGAUUAUCCGGCAUUUAUAUUAGUGCUAUUUUUGGUGAAUUUUUAACUUUAUCUGCAGUUACACAGAAUAUAAACUUAAUGCCCCUUCUGAAAAGGUACUUUUAAAAUAAGUAUACCAUAUCUGAAUGAGUAAAGAGAAUAAAAAGGGCACCAUCAAAUUAACACCCCUCAUGCAGAUAUCACAUGUUUCUACCUUGAGAUACUUUGGGAUUUUAAAUAAGAGUUCAAUUUUAGAGUUAGUAAAUGUGAAAUUAAUACAUACAAGUAUGCAUUUGACUUUAUUUCAAAACACUUUCCAUGUCAGGUUAGAUUGAAAGAGAAAUUUGAUUAUUUACAAAGCUCUUUAUCCUUUUCUUUCUGUUCUUAAAUUGUAGUUUAAAACAAUCAAGUAUUCUCUACACUACAGACCAUUAUCAAACACUCUAAUCCCCUGCAAAAGUUUCAUGUUUCUAUUCAGUGCCAUUUUUAAUGAGCAAUAUAAUGAUACAACAUGAGGUUUCCUUAAUUCUUGUUUACACAAAAUGUCUUGGACAUUUUGACAGGACUAGACAAUGUCAGGGGAAACGGGUGCAGUGGGUGGGGGAGAUACUUUUGGAUACAAAAAACAGAAGGAAUUGUACUUUCUAACAUUAUGGAACAGAAAAGGAAUCUGUUGGGCAGUGAAGUAGAGUGCCUUACCAAAUCUUGAAGUAAGUUAUUUGCCUAUAAUGUGUACACUUCAGUUUUAUUACAUAAGGCUAGAACAAAGAUUUUCGUCUUUUGAAUCUUUCUCUGUCCCUCUUGAAUUUAACGCUUGUAAGAAAUAAUCCAAUAACUAAAAAAGACAUCUAAUUCAGGAGUGGAAUCAAAAUGCUAUAAUCUUUGCAGAAAGGUGGGAAUGUUACAACAGAGAUUUAGGGAAAAUUGGGUUUGCAGAAUAAAGAUGCAAUACUUGGUAUGUUAGCCUGACUCUGACUAAUAUAUAAAAGUUAUGUAUCUUUACUUGAAACCAUCUGGUAUGAUUUGAUUACAGCUACAGUGCUAUAGAAUGUAAAAUGCAUGUCUUCAAUUGAGAAUAUUCUGCAGGUAUUUGUCCCCACAUUACCUUCCUCCAUGUUCUUCACUGCUACUUUGCAAAACUGUUAAAUUUUAUUAAAAGAGCUCCUUUCCCCCCAUGAUACCCUUACUAGUAAUGGCUCCCACUUCCUCCCCAUUCAGAAGGAAUGAUUUAAUUAUUCCAAAAUGAGCAUCUUCUUUGUAUUAAUGAAUAGUGUGCAUUUAUCUUUGCCUGAAUAGUAUUGGACAAAUUAGAAUUUACGAUAGAAUGCAGCUUUCGGUCACUUAUAUUGAGUGUGUGCAGCAUAUUAUAAUACUAUUGAACUUUUAAAUUUCUAAUUUUUCAGGAAGAAUGCAAUUUUUGCAUAAUUAAGUAGUUUUUUUUGAAAAGAAAAUUAGCAAAAUUCUGGAACUGAACUUUGUGUGCAUGCAGUUAUAAAUAUAACACUUUAUUUUGAGCUCAGUGGGUAGACAUCAUUAUUAUGGAAUGAUGUAAUUUUUAAAUGACACUAAGCAAUUUUAUGAUUUGGAUAGCUGGUGAUCUUUUAGAUGAGAAUGUCUAACCAAUAUCUCUCAAGUCCCUUAGGAAAAACUGACUUUUAAAUAGUUUGUUUACAUUAAUGGUGGAUUUGAUAGUUGCAGGACAUGUAGCUUUUGAACAUGUUACUCAAGUUAGCCAAGAUUAAUGAAUUGAAGAUUGUAAAUGUUAUAUCGCAGUGGAAAUUCAAUUCUAUAAUUUUCAAAUAUAACCAAAAGAUCAUUUUUUCAUUCCUAAUAUUCAACCAUGUACAGCUUGUUUUGAUCUUAAAGCCAAUCAGCCUGUGUAAAUAAGAUUUUGUUUCCCUUUACACCCUUUACCAUCCAAAUUUUCCAAGAAAAAUGUCAUUUCUCUUUAGAUGUAAGAGUUUAUUUAAAAAAACACUACAUUGACCAUACUGAGUGAUCUAUUAUUGGCCCCGGGUUUUGUGCACUUUUGAGUUUUUAUGCAUAACUUGUAAACUUCAUGUUGAGAAUUUGGACCCAUAAUCAGAAAGGUUACAUAAUGCAUAAUGUUGAUUCCAAUUUACACUUUUUGCACAUUUACUUUUGUGAAUAUGGGUCACAAUGUGACGUGAAACAAUUUACCAAUUUGAAGGUGGUAGUUUUUUUUAACGAACCCAGAUUUGCAAAAGAAAUUGUAUAAAAUGUAUGUAGUAUAUGCUUGCAUACUAUAGGGGAAUAAAUAUGAGAAAUGCCUCUGUAUUGUAUUUCAGCCAAGGGACCAAGCUUUGGUCACAAAUCUUUUUUUGGUUUGUUUAUUCCUUGAGGAGAAUUAGCAAGCUUCUAGCAGCAGUGGCUUAUUAGUAAUUGCAUUUUAAUCUUUCUAGCUAUCUGCUUUACAGUAUUGAGCUGUAUAGGCUAUUUUUCCACAUUGUUUUCAUUAUCUCAAGCUUCUACGUUUGAUAUUCUGCAAAUAUUUGGGAAUCCAAGUGAGAAAUGGGGGUGUGAGUGGCCAUGAUAUCCUUGGUUUAUCAGGGUUGCUUAUUUUUGCAUAUUUGAAAAUCUAGGUCAAUCAGUGAAAGAAUCAUUUAGUGCCAUUGCAAAAGAAUGGUAUAUGGAUGAUCUUUAUAUUAGGACUGGGGAUAAAUUCUGUAAAAAAAAAAGUCAUAUGGCACAGAAACCGGCUCUUCACCCAUUAAGUUGGCACCAACUAUCAAACACCUAUUUAUGCUACACCUACUGUAUUCUCCCUACAUUUCUCUCAACUCCCCACAAAUUCUACCACUCACCUACACACUAAGGGCAAUUUAUAGUGGCCAAUUAACCUAUCUACCCGCACGUGUUUGGGAUGUGGGAGGAGACUGGAGCAUCUGGAGGAAACCCACAGGGUCGGAGGGAGAAUGCAAACUCCACAGAGACAGCACCAGAGAUCAAGAUUGAACCCAGGUCGCUGGAGCUGUGAGGCAAUUACAUUUGCAAGUAUUUAUUACUACAAUGAAAUCUGCAAUACAAGUUAUGAUUUUUAUUUGUUGAUUAAUUGUUGUAAAUUAUUGGAGUAAGUAGGUUUUUUCUGGGAGGUGGUGAUAACAAAAGAGGGCACCUCUAAUGAAGGGUGCAAUUUAUAAUUAUUUCACAGUUACUUUGCUGUUUUUAUAUUUUUAUACCUUUCCUGUCAGGUUAUUAAUGAGGUUGUCACAAAAAUAAUUUUAAAUGACUAAAAUGCCAUGUUGAUACUAUGGGACCGAAGGGAUAUUAGGUUAUUGCAGGAAAGUGGUGCCAAGAUGAAAGUUCACCACAUGAACUUAUCGAAUUGAGUUGAAUAGAUAAGAGGGGCCAAAUGACCAAUUCUUGCCUUUUCCUAUGUUCUAAAUUAUUACUGAUAGGAAAAUACAUUGGUUUGAUCACCUACAGAUGUUUCCAAAAUAGAAAAUGCUGGAAAUAGUCAGCAGAUCAUGCAGCAGCUUUCAUCAGAUGUUGACCUGAAACAUUAAAUAUGGCUCCCCCUCUACAGAUAUUGCCUAACCUGAGUAUUUGUAGCAUUUUCUGUUUUCAUUUCAGAUUUCCAGCAUUUUUUGCAAUUUUUUUUUGCUUUUAGGAGAUCUUGCAACACCUGCCAAUCUGCCCCAACCCCCUCCAGCUCCACUUUGGCCUUCCAACAGGAGUAAUAAAUUCAGUGAAUGUGAAUCAUUUUCCAUGUUUAAUUCAGCUGCAUGAAGAUGCGAUUUACAAAUUUUAAAUAAUAGGUCAAUGAUUCACUAUGUGUACCUGAUGGUAAUAUUUAUAGUAUAACAUUUGCCGUGUAGGAAAGUAUCCAUAAAUGAAAUGCCUCAGUAUCAGUUAGGGUGGUAGCAUGUUCCUUCAGGUCCUUAUUUUUCAUGCUCUUAUGUGAAUUUCACAAGGGAAAGUCUGGCAAUUCUACUGGCAGAAGCAAAAGAUAAUAUGAAUUUGGGUUGAACGGUACAUGUACUUAUGACCCUUGAAGAACAGCCUACACUGAGAGAAGGUACAGGAGAGGAAAUGAAAGAUCACAGAGAGAAUAGUGGAGAGAUUUCACUGUUUCUGCUCACUUACUAAUUGUCACCUUUCCAUCAGAUUUCCUCCUUUGUGGGUAUUUCUAGACAUUUUAACAUUAAUGUCUCUAUUCAUGAAAUAUUUCUCCCUUUCUGGCUAGAUGGGAUUCAGCAUUGGUUUCUGAUUAACAAUAAUUAUUACUUGUGGGCCCAGCCAUACUGGCAUUCACAGUGGGAUUAAGAAUGUUCUGUUGAAGUAAGAUGUUUAAUGUUUUCAUCGAGGCCUUUUGUAUUGUGAAUACUAGUACAACCUGCUACUAAGUAUAUUUUCUCAGUGUUGGAAAGCGAAAAUGCAAUGUGAUCAUUACAACAUUCCAGCAGGUAUGAAAGUUGCAGUCUGCUGAGGGCAGAAAAUCAGAAGUGGUGCUGAAUUCAACUCCUGUUUCAGGAUCAGUGUUUGAGAGAGCAAAACAUGCAUCAUCUAAAUAACAAUGCUUUAUCUGCCUGCAUAUCUGCAUGAUGAAGUUGAAAUGUUAACAAUUGCUUCUCAUUUUGGCUUGCUGGUUGGUAAAGGGGGCAGCUGGAAGAGAUGCAUUCUUUCUGGCAGCUUUUAAUGAUAAAAGUAACUGUUGCAGAGCCAUAAAAUAACAAAUUGAAAAUAUAUUGUGUUCAUUCAUCAAGCAAAGAGUAGGGUAAUUAGAAGAUGUAACUUUUCCAUUGCUUGUAUAUUGCCAGAUCAACAGAUAAAGCCCAAUGCUGCACAGAUUUGAAAAGGGAGGGAGACUGUAAGCAACAAUCUCACUUUGCUUCAACACAGCAAAUCAUUUAAGGCUGUCCAUGCAAUAAUUAAGGUACUAAAGACUCCAUGUGGAAAAAUAAGCCUGUUCAGUUGGGGGGUGGGGGUGGGUGGGGAAGGGGGGGAAACGCAGUUUGAGCUGAAAAGUCAUCUUUAGCUUCAGUAAGGUUGUGUAUAGAAUGAAUAUUAUACCUCCUGUAGAUGUCCUGCCUUCAUGUAAAGUAACUGUUCUGUCAUAGGUCUGGGAUGUUAACAUUUUAUUAUUCAUUUGGUGGGAUAUACAAACUUCAUAUUUUGUUGUGUAUUUCUAUGCUUGUAACUUUUUGAAGAAAAUUGAAGCAUGGCAGCCAUCAGCAGUGGUGUAUUGAACUAAAAUAUGUAUUACUGAUCUUUCACAGAAUUUUUUAAGUAAACCAAAUGUAAAUUAUGUAGAAUAAUGAAUUAGUGUGCCAAGUCCCUUCUUUGUAGUGCCAGACUCUCCAAGUGCCAAUGUGGUGGAAAUUUAGGUUGGACUUGUAUAUUAGGUCCUGUUAAAAGGAAACUUUAAACUAUUUAAGAGCUAUAACUGCUGUUUUUAAAUUGUCAUUUUAAUGCAUGUAUUGAUGUUGGGGAGGGACAUAGUUUUUGAAAAAUAAAAAAAAUCUUGUAUAAUUCGCCCAAGAAGGGUCUUACUGGUUAUUAAUACAGUAUUUUUCGGCCAUAAUUUUGUAAUAGUUUCAUUUGACCUCUGUAGCUUGACCCUCAUGGAAACAUGAACUUGAUUUUCAUAUCCUUAUCCUGAAAUCUGUUUUAAAUUGGAAUAAAUUUUG